AUGAGCAGUCCGUGCGCCUUCAACGCUGCCAACGUGCAAAUCCUCGAGAUGGACCUCUCCCUGGUACACGAUGGUGCGUUUGCAUCCAGCGCCUUUGACGCGGCCUUUGUCACGCUUCACGCCGCGCAUCCGACAACGUCGUGGAUAGCCCUCGACUCGAUCAACCUCUCGUCAUCGAGCGUCUCCAAGAAUGCGCCAAACACACCGACAAAGGCACACGCGCCACGCCGUGCAUAA